UUACGAAAAGGGAAGCAGUUUGUCCCUCUUUUUGGUGAGAUAUAGUAUAGAAAUGAUGACAUUCACAAUUAUUAUGUCAGACUGUGGGAUAUAGUAUAGACGUGAUGACAUUCACAAUAAUUAUGUUAGACUGUGGGAUAUAGUAUAGACGUGAUGACAUUCACAAUAAUUAUGUUAGACUGUGGAAUAUAUUUCCUUGACAAAGUUGACGAGGUUCGAAAUCCGGAUUAUAAACCCUCGGACCAGGAUAUCCUGUGUUGCAGGAAGAGAACAUGCGAUAUUCAGAAAAUUGAAUUUGAAGUUGAAAUCCCGAAGAAAUAUGGUGGUGGUACCCAAAUGUUUUGGAUGUUUGAUGUUGGGGGACAACGUGGAGAGCGACGUAAGUGGAUUCAAGUAUUUGAUGGUAUUACAGCCAUUUUAUUCCUCAUAUCAUCUUUUUAUACCAUUGUUAGGAUGUUUGAUGUUGGGGGACAACGUGGAGAGCGACGUAAGUGGAUUCAAGUAUUUGAUGGUAUUACAGCCAUUUUAUUCCUCAUAUCAUCGUCGGGUUUCAACCUGAAAGUUCGAGAAGACACCGACAAAAACCAGCUUAAGGAAUCCAUUGAAUUGUUCCAAGAUGUUUGGUCAAGCAGGUUUCUCCGAGAAUGUGGAUUUAUCAUAUUUUUUAAUAAACAAGACUUACUCAAAGAGAAGAUAGCGUCGGGAACAAAGAUAGCAAAAUAUUUUCCGGAAUUCGACACUUACAAUCUAAGUAUUCAAGACAGAGACAGCGAGGAAGAUCCUGAAUAUAAUAUGGCUCGCUGCUUCAUUCGUGACAAAUUUAUGGAAAUAACCAGGAAACCUCAAACAAAUAUACGCCUGAGCACAACAGAAAUAUAUUACGACUUUAACAGAGAAGCCAAAAACCGAAAGUGCUACUGGCAUUUUACCACUGCCACGGACACCGAAAACGUCAAGCGAGUAUUUAAGGAUAUUCAUCAUAUGAUAAUCAUGUCAAACAUACAGGCAAUUACACCGAGCUGAAGUCGUAGAGGAACUCAAUCUUAAGGAGCAGAAAUAAUUUUAUUUUCAAAACUUUUCUUGUUAAUAAUGUAUUAGUGUUUAACUCUAAGGUUCAUUUGUCAAUUUUGAUUUCGAAUGUGAAUUUAUAAAUACGGUGUUUUCAUUUUUAAAAUAUCGUAAGUUUAUACAAGAAAGAUUCCAUUUAAUGUAUCCUGCACCCAUUCCAAACCAAUAAGAAAAGGAUGUUAAGGAAGAUUCCAUUUAAUGUAUCCUGCACCCAUUCCAAACCAAUAAGAAAAGAAUGUUGAAGGAAGAUUCCAUUUAAUGUAUCCUGCACCCAUUCCAAACCAAUAAGAAAAGGAUGUUGAAGGAAGAUUCCAUUUAAUGUAUCCUGCACCCAUUCCAAAC